GCGGCGCCGCCGGUAGGGUGGGGGCCCCCGAAGUGGGUCUCGGUCCGCCACCCGCGCUGGCACCGGGCACAGAAGGUGGCGCACGGCGCGCUCCACGCCGGGGCACUGCCCUGGGCUGGUCUCGGGGAUCUGCGGUUCUGCCCCGGCUCAGAAAACCCAGAGCCUUCCAGGCCCUUCGAAAGAUGGAUUCUGUUGACGUAUCUGGCGGCCCUGAGGAGCCGGGUGGAAAGUUGGGUUUUGCCAGAACGUGCUGGGCUCUUCUUUGUGCCGCUCAGCCAGCCCCGCAUCCCGCUGGAGCCAGAAAUCAACUUCCUACAUCUCUCAUACAACAGCAGCAACAACAACAACAACAGCAACAACAGCAGCAACAACAACAACAACAGCAACAACUGACCAGGCAGGAUGGCUAGGGUAGUCAUUUGCCUGGCAGAAUGAGACACAAUACCCACUCCUUCCAGUUGACAGGCCAAGUGGCAUCAGAGCCAAGUGAUGGAUGACCUGCAGUCUCAGAACCUCUCCAUGGACAUGACUGACUCCCCUCCUGCCUUGGCCAAUAACAGACUGGAGAACGGCAUGGCCCAACUGAUCACCACUGAGGCCUGGAAUAUCAACUCCACUGACCUGGUAAAGAAGGCCCUGGUGACUGUGCCGGCCCCAUCCAUUCUGAACCCCCCAGCUGAGCCCCAGAGCGGCAUGGCUCUGAAGGUAGCAGCCACUAUGCUGCAGCCGUUGUGCCUCGGGGAAAGCCCAGUGGUGAUGCCCAUUCACAUGCAGGUGGAGGGAAGCUCUGCACCGGAGCUCAACCCCAACAGCAAUGCCACCUACGUCAUGACCACACAGGGCCCCGUGCAGCUGCCAGUAGUGUUGGAGCAGCAUGUUUUCCAGCACCUCAACUCCCCUCUGGUUCUGCCACAGGAGGCCCCAUGCUCCUCCAAUGCUAUCCACAACAACCUCUUCCAGGGGGCCGAGGACCCUGAGGCUCAGCCUCAGCUCUUGGACCUGAGAAUCCCCAGCCAGCCACAGGAGCCUUCACUGCCAUUUGAAGCUGUGCUCCAGAAUUUAUUCCCCUCCCAGGGCUCUCUGGGCCCUCCACCUUGUCAGCCCCCUCCUGGCUAUGCCCCAGUGCCUCCCCAGCCCUUUAACUCCCCCUUGUCUCCCCUGGUCCCACCAGCUACCCUCUUGGUGCCCUACCCCGUGAUUGUUCCCUUGCCAGUGCCAGUCCCCAUUCCCAUUCCUAUCCCAGUGCCUCAGAGUUCUGAAUCCAAAUUCAGUCCCAGUUUCCCCAAGCCGCCAUCUUCCUUCAGCCUGCACUCCUUUAAAGGUACCCAGACCCCUCUAGAAAAGGAUGAACUGAAGCCCUUAGACAUCCUCCAGCCAAAGGAGUAUUUCCAGCUUAGCCGUCACACAGUCAUCAAGAUGGGGAGCGAGAAUGAGGCCCUGGAUCUCUCCAUGAAGUCAGUGCCCUGGAUCAAGGCUGGUGAAACCAGCUCCCCAAUCUUCCAAGAAGAUGCAGCACUAGACCUGUCUGUGGCAGCCCACCGGAAGUCUGAGGCUCCCCCUGAGACAAUGUAUGACAGCAGUGGGUCAGCAGACAGUCUAGGUCACACUGUGAUGGAGCAACAUCCUAAUGGCAUGGAAAUGCCCUUCGUCCCUGCCACACCUCAUGAGGCCUCAAUCAUGAUGGAUAGCCACAUCAGCGGCAGCAACGGCACUGAGAUGGUCUGUCAUCCCAACCAUCCCAGUAGCGAAGUCAAGGCUGAAAAUAACAUUGAGAUUGUAAGUGAGUCCCAGGCGGCCAAGGUCAUCGUCUCAGUUGAAGACGCGGUGCCUACCAUCUUCUGUGGCAAGAUCAAAGGCCUCUCAGGGGUGUCCACCAAAAACUUCUCCUUCAAAAGAGAAGACUCUGUGCUUCAGGGCUAUGACAUCAACAGUCAAGGAGAAGAAUCCAUGGGAAAUACUGAGCCCCUUAGGAAACCCAUCAAAAACAGGAGCAUAAAGCUAAAGAAAGUGAACUCCCAGGAAAUACAUAUGCUCCCGAUCAAAAAACAACGGCUGGCUACCUUUUUUCCAAGAAAGUAAAUAAGGGCCUUAAAAUUUUUUAUGAUUAUAACAUGGGGAAAGGUGCAUUGGUUUUUUUAAAAAGGCAUUUAAAACAAAUUAUCUUUGUUAAUUGUUUUGGGGCGUAGUAGGAAACAGAAAGGCAAAUUGGCUCUAGAGGCCCUGUAAGCUAGUACCAUUUUCUUUUUUAAUUUUUGACUUUUCACAAAUGAGUAAAUAAGAGCAACCUAUUUUUCAAGCAGAUUGCACAUUUUUUGCAGCUUUAAUGGAAUAUUGGGUGAAUCAGAGGGGUAAAAAAGCUAUUUUCAUUGCCACAAAGUGCUUUGAUGAUGUAAUACCUAAUAAAGGGUAGGAUGAAUAUUUCACAAUAAAUGUUUGU